AUGUGUGCGAACUUGCCCGGUUUUUGGCCGCCCCCCGAAACCCCAGUCCCCAGUUACCCCUCCAGUCUCCUGCCCCAGAGUAAGUUUUUGCGGCAGUCUUUUUACUUCAAACGCGAUACUAAAAUGAAAGCGCGUCCGUAUUCGUGCGAGGAGUGCGGUAAAUCGUUCCUUUUGAAGCACCACUUGACCACACAUGCGAGGACCCACACGGGGGUGCGCCCCCAUGUGUGCAGUCACUGUGGCAAGAGCUUCACGCAUAAACAUUGUCUCAACACGCAUUUGCUGCUGCAUUCGAGCGAGCGGCCGUUCCAGUGCGGCGAGUGCAAGAAGAGCUUCACUUUGAAGCACCACUUGAUCACGCAUAGCAAAGUUCACAGCCGCGAAAAGCCCUACAUUUGCACAGAGUGUGGGCAGGCUUUUCCAGUCAAAAGACACCUAACCACACAUAGUAAAUUUCAUGCAGGGGAGAGGCCCUAUGUGUGUGAGGACUGUGGGGAGUCUUUCGCCCAGAAGGAGCACCUGGUCAUGCAUUCGAGGUUUCACGGAUCGCUCAAUUCGUUCGUUUGUAGCGAUUGUGGGGCGACUUUCACCCGAAAAUUCGAGCUGGUGAACCAUGGGCGCUUGCACGGCAAACAGCCCCACAGUUGUGUCAUUUGCAAUAAAGAGUUUUUCCAAAAACGGACGCUUUUAGCGCAUAUGAAGUGCCAUAGUGAGCAAGCGAAAUGCAAUAAUUUAUUGACUUAUUUCAAAUCGGCCGAGCAAACGAAGCUGAUGUGUAGCGACUGUGGCUGUGUUUUUAACACGUCUGAGGCUCUGGCACUGCAUGUUAAGCUUCACUCGGGGGAGGACUGUGUUCUGGGUGCGAAUUUUACGGUACAAAAUAAAUCGAAAAAUCAUACGUGUCAGUAUUGUAAUAAGGGCUACAGUGCCAAGCAUGGGCUACAGCAGCACAACAAGAAACACCCGAAUGGGAGCUGUGCCUUAAGGUCGCAUGUUUGUGACGUUUGCCAUAAAGGGUUCUUCCAGAAGAACCACCUGUUGUUGCACCAACGCCAACAUAAUAGCACAAAAAGUGGCGAAAAACUGUAACCGUAACUGUGAUUGUCUUGUGUAACAUUUAGCUGUGUUUUAUGCUUUAAUUUAUGUAACUUUGUGUGUAGUAAUUAUUUAUAUGUAAACUAGACAACACAUUGUUGGACUUAUUUACGAAAUAUACAGUAAACAGAA